AUGCUGGCUAUAUUUCCUGAAGUAGAGGAAUCAACUCUUUCCAAGGAAGUCCUGGGAGAACUGUCGGAAAUGGUUGCUAUUGUUACCGAGGAGGAGUCAUGGACCCUCUACUUUGAUGGGUCUUCCACAUCAAAAGGUGGAGGGGCAGGUGUCGUGCUCAUUAAUCCCAAUGGGCAAGCUACGGCUCUCAUUCAAGCUAGACUUUCUAUGCACGAAUAA